GUUUACAUCCCUGCCGCAGUGUUCGAAACAACGUUUUUCGCAUCCGUUGAGAUUUUGGUGCGCACAAGAAUCUGUCCCCGUCCACGAUGGAACAACGGCUGAACCGGUACGAGAAGCUCGACUUCCUCGGCGAGGGUCAGUUCGCCACGGUCUACAAGGCGCGGGACGUGGAAACGAACGAGAUUGUGGCGGUCAAGAAGAUCAAGGUUGGAAACCGGGAGGAGGCCGCGGACGGGAUCAACCGGACGGCGUUGAGGGAGAUUAAGCUGCUGCACGAGUUGCACCAUGAGAAUAUUAUUGGGCUGCUGGACGUGUUUGGCCACAAGAGCAACGUUUCGCUGGUGUUUGACUUUAUGGACACGGACAUGGAGAUAAUCAUUAAGGAUUCGAAGAUUGUGCUGACGCCGGCCAACGUGAAGAGUUACAUGAUCCAGACGUUGAAGGGGUUGGAGUAUUUGCACAUGCACUGGAUUUUGCACCGCGAUUUGAAGCCGAACAAUUUGCUGCUGAGCGGGAGUGGGAUUUUGAAGAUUGGAGAUUUCGGUUUGGCAAAGUUUUUUGGAUCGCCGAACCGGAUUAACACGAAUCAGGUGGUGACCCGGUGGUAUCGGUCCCCGGAGUUGCUAUUUGGUGCCCGGCAGUACGGUGUUGGCGUGGACAUUUGGGCCGUCGGAUGUAUUUUGGCGGAGUUGCUGCUUCGGGUGCCGUUUCUGCCGGGGGAAAGUGAUCUGGACCAGCUGACGCGCAUCUUCCAGGUGAUGGGCACUCCAAAUGAAGAAAACUGGCCCGAUGUCAAGUCUCUGCCGGACUACGUUCAGUACAAGCAGUUUCCGCCGAUUCCGCUGCGGGACAUUUUCACCGCGGCCGGUGACGACCUGCUGGACCUCAUCUACAAGCUGCUGGCGUUGUACCCGUUGAAUCGGUGUUCCUGUACGGAGGCGCUCAAGAUGCCGUACUUUUCCAACAAGCCGGCACCAACCGUCGGCGAUAAGCUGCCGAUGCCGGCCAGCUACCACGCCGGAGUCAACAGGGACGCCGCCAGCAAGGAGGACAAAGGGCCGACGCUGAAGCGCAAGCUGCCGGACAGCGUGGACGGCGGGACGCUGCCGAAGCGGUUGCAGUUUUGAGUUGGCUUUUUUUUCGUUCAAUUUUGUUCAAUAAAU